AUGGCCCAACCUCCAUUCUUCCACAUCGACCACGCCCGGAAGGACAUCGCGGCCCUGACAGUGGCGGUGCACGGGCGUGUAGAAGACAACGGAGAGGGCUCGUGCAUCAAGUCUGGGUGGUUGAAUUUCCCAGAGCCGGAACCGGAGCGGGAGCAUGAGCAUGAGCAUGAACAUGAACAUGGCUCCGAGUUAAUGUCCGACCUUGAGGUGAAGGAGGAGAAAAUACGACGCAUGUGCGACGGCGACGGCGACGGCGAGAAAAGCUGCGCCGCCACGGAUGACUUCCCUAUUCUCCUCUCCGCGGGCGAAGGCGUCAUCAUCCACUACGACCUGUACACGCGUGCAGCAAAAGGGGCGGACGCGGCGGCGGAUCGAUCGCCCAUCUACCCAUGGUCGCACGACAACAACAACACCCACAACACCAAAACCCGCGGCAAGAAGACGGUGACGGUGUCGAUGCCCACGGGGCAAAACCAGACCCACGAGCUCGACAUCGUGGGCGGGACUUAUUUCGCCUUUGUGCUCAAGGAGUGGCACAGCUGGGGGUUUCUGCGCUUCAACGUAAAGUGCCUGGUCACCAUCUCCGACCUGCCCUCCAUCCAGCCGGAUUACAGCCACAGACACCAGCGUCGUCGACGACGACCCUUGAUGUGGAUCGGGGUCGGGACCGAGACAGAGACUGCUGCCACCUCCCACAAAGGAGAGAGCAGCAGCUCCAGUGCCGCCAGCGCCACCCCCAGCCUGGUCCAGCUGGCGUACCGGGUGGGCGGGAUGCAUCAGGGGUCCAAACCCGCGUAUUGGGUGCGCAAGGACGAUGGCGGCGUCGAGAUGGUCUGA